CUCUUCAUAAAAUGUGAUGUAAAACCUUAACCUAACCAUACUGCUAAACGUAUGCCUAACGGAGUCUUAAAUGAAGACCAAACUGCAUUUUUUUUUUGGGGGGGGGCAAUUUUAUGGCUGUGGGAUCUGACUUUGUGGGUAUAGAAGUGUAAACCCUAAGUCACGUGUUGAGUGACGAAGAGCAUCAACCUGCAUCACAACUUCCUUGUUGUCGAAACGCCCAGCUAGUGGAAUUCAGGAAUGCAUCUCUACAGGCUUGUGAUUUACACCAAGGGGAGAAGGCAGGGCCGCCUUCUAGCCUGAAGCUCUCCUCCUUCCCCUCCUGUCUUUCACUCUCUCCAUCCCUCCAUCGCUCUCUCUCUCCUUCCCUCCUUCCCACUCUAAGCCAUGAUGCUGUGCUGGGGCAGUACUGUGGAGGGCCAGCUGGGUAUCGGCGGAGCGAGGGACCCCGUGUGCGAACCCCGGAGCUGCCAGGCGUUCAAUGGGCGCGGCCUGAAGGAGGUGGCGUGCGGCGGGCGCCAUUCGCUAUUCCUGUUGCGUGAUGGGAGAGUGUACACGUGCGGCUCCAACCGCUGUGGGCAGCUGGGCCACGACAAGCCGGGGGACUCGCCAGAACUGGUGGUGGCCCUGGACACCCAGAAGAUAGGGGUGGUAUCGUGCGGCCAGGCCCACUCCAUGGCGCUGAAUGAGCAGGGCCAGGUGUUUGCCUGGGGGGCCGGUGGAGGGGGCCAGCUGGGUCUGGGGACCGCUGAGGAGACCGUCCCAAUCCCCAGGUUGAUCAAGAAGCUGUGCGAGCAUCGCAUCUCUCAAAUAAUGUGUGGCAACAAGCACUGCAUCGCCCUCUCUAAAGACGGUCAGCUGUUCACGUGGGGCCAGAACUCGAGCGGUCAGCUGGGUUUGGGGAAGGGAGAGCCCAGCACCUUGUCUCCCCAGCCCCUCAAGUCUCUGUCAGGUAUCCCCCUGGCUCAGAUCACCGCUGGGGGAGACCACAGCUUCGCCCUGUCCCUCUCUGGAGCCGUGUUCGGCUGGGGCAAGAACAGCGCCGGACAGCUGGGGCUAAAUGACAAACAGGACCGGUCUGUUCCUUGCCACAUCAAGUUCCUCAGAUCCCAAAAAGUGGUUUAUAUCAGCUGUGGAGACGAGCAUACAGCUGCCCUCACCAAGGAUGGGGGUUUGUUUACGUUUGGGGACGGCUCCCGUGGUCAACUGGGUCAUGACUCCACCAACAACGAGCCUCUACCCAGACAGGUGCAGGAGCUGAUGGGCAGCGAGGUUUCCCAGAUUGCCUGUGGCAGACACCACACCCUGGCGUUUGUGCCUUCCUCCGGUCUGGUGUAUGCUUUCGGUUGUAACACCAAUGGUCAGCUGGGCACCGGGACACGAGGUGACAUCAAAAGCCCGCUUCCUGUCAAAAGCAGCCUCACAGGAAGGCUCACAGGAAGUCCUCGUCAUAUGUCAGGGCCAGAUCAUUAUGCCAUUACAAAAAUCAACUGUGGAGGGGACCAUAACUUCCUAUUGUACUCAGAUGAAAAGAGUUCCACCGCUCCUGAAGACUUCCGCGUCACUAACAUCAGCAGAAGCAUCUCUUUGAUAAAUGAUGCCAGUCUGAAUACGUGGAGGAUGAAACUCCUAGACAGCACAGAUUCCACUAUCACCAAUGACGUCAUUCUCCUGCUGUCUUCCGCCGCCUGUUGGAACGCCAGCUUCCUGGAUGAGAGUGAUGACAGCCAUUUUAAGACCAACCCUAAAGUCCCUGGCAUCGAUCUCAACUCGGUCCGCCUGCUGUUUGAGACACUCAGUAAACCGCCCUUCGCCAGACUACUGGAGCAGGCCACUAAGAGUUUUGAGAGCCUGCUGAUCCCCCAGCUGCCCUGUUCUCCCCCUGACGUUGAGGCCAUGAGGAUCUACCUGAUCCUGUCGGAGUGUCCCGCCCUGCACGACUCCAAGAACUACAUCACCCUCACCAUCCCCCUAGCCAUGGCCAUACUCCGCCUGGAUGCCAACCCCAGCAAAGUGCUUGAUAACUGGUGGUGCCUGGUGGACGGCGGUGUGUUCUCCAGGCUGGUGGACAUGUAUAAGAGCAUCGUAGUGUUCCUGUUAACCGGAGGAAAGGCCCUGCUCGUCCCUGUCUUCCUAGAAAACUACACCAGUGCCACGCUAAAGCUUCUAGAGAAACUUCAUAAGGGCUGUUGUGCUGCUGUGUGUGUCCAGGUUAACCUGAAGGCCGGGCAUGUGGAGUACAACCGCUUCUAUAUCCCUGACAUCACCACCCUGGUGGACAUCCAGGAAGACUACCUCAAGUGGUUUCUGAGUAAAGCAGAGAUUAAAAUGAGAACACCAGCAGUACAGAGCUCAGUGACUUUAUGUGCCUACCCGUUCAUACUGAACGCCCAAGCCAAGACCACCAUGCUGCAAACUGACGCUGAGCUACAGAUGCAGAUGGCGGUGAGCGGGGCCAACAUGCAUAACGUUUUCAUGCUGCUGACGCUGGAACCCCUCCUGGCGCGGAACCCCUUCCUGGUGCUCCACGUACGCAGGGACCACUUAGUGAGCGACGCCCUGAGGGAGCUCACCAUCUACUCCGACGUCGACCUCAAGAAGCCCCUCAAGGUGAUCUUUGAUGGGGAGGAGGCGGUGGAUGCAGGGGGGGUAACCAAGGAGUUCUUCCUACUGCUGCUGAAGGAGUUGAUGGACCCUGUGUACGGCAUGUUCACCCAGUACACCCAGUCCAACCUGCUCUGGUUCUCUGAUAAAUGUUUUGUGGAGCACAACUGGUUCAAUCUGAUAGGGAUCAUCUGUGGGCUGGCCAUCUAUAACAGCACCGUGGUGGACCUCCACUUCCCCCUGGUCCUUUACAAGAAGCUACUGGGCGUAGCACCCACUCUGGAGGACCUCAAGGAGCUGUCUCCCACAGAGGGCAGGAGUUUACAACAGCUCCUGGACCAUGAGGAAGAUGACGUUGAGGAGACAUUUUGUCUAAUCUUUGCUAUCACCAGAGAGUACUAUGGUCUGACGGAGGUGAAGGAGCUUAUCCCUGGAGGAGACCGCAUCACUGUGGACAAGAACAACAGGGAGGAGUUUGUGGAGGCCUACCUGAAGUACAUGUUCAGGGACUCGGUGAGCGAGCUGUACCAGGCCUUCUCCUCUGGGUUCCUGAAGGUGUGUGGUGGGAAGAUCCUGUCGCUGUUCCAGCCCUCCGAGCUUAUGGCCAUGGUGGUGGGAAACAACAACUAUAACUGGGAGGAAAUGGAGAAGAAUGCGGUUUACAAAGGAGAGUAUUCAGCCACUCAUCCGACUGUGAGGAUGUUUUGGGAGGUAUUCCAUGAGUUCCCUCUGGAAAAGAAGAAGCGGUUCUUAUUAUUCCUGACGGGCAGUGACCGCAUCCCCAUCCAUGGCAUGGAGAGCCUCCGCAUCUCCAUCCAGUCCACAUCGGCCGAGGAGCACUAUCUGCCUGUGGCCCACACCUGCUACAACCUGCUGGACAUGCCCCGCUACCAGACCAAAGAGACCCUGCAUCGCCGUCUCACCCAGGCCGUGGAGCAGUACGAGGGCUUCAGCCUGGUGUGAGACCCAUUGGCUGGGUCAGUGGCUCCCCCUAGAGGCCUGGAGGACCAGGGGGGGAAUUAGCAUGGCUGCUAAUGUACUUUAAUAACAACGCCCUGUGAAUGGGGGUGGCUGGAUGGGAAGGGGGCUACUAUUCCAUAGCACUUUCCCUAUACAGUUUACCGUAAGAGAUUAUAUAUUUUGAGUUAUAAUUGUGUCUUCUAUGCAGAUUGAUGUACAUAACUUGAACAGUUUUAAUUAAACCAGCUUUUUUGUUGCUUUAAGAUAAUUUAUUGAAUAGUUUUUUGGGGAUUUGAAAAAUUAUACGUGUCAGAGGUGAACAUUGAAGCUGGGAUCUGGUCUUUUACCGCUGAUCUUGGGUCAGUUUGAGGACAGAUGAUACCAGAUUAAUACAUCAGUCGGGCCUUUUACUGCUGAUCUUGGGUCAGUUUGAGGACAGAUGAUACCAGAUUAAUACAUCAGUCUGGCCUUCUACCGCUGAUCUUCGGGAGGUUUGAGGACAGAUGAUACCAGAUUAAUACAUCAGUUUGGUCUUUUACCGCUGAUCUUGGGACAGAUGAUACAAGAUUAAUACAUGAGUGAACAGCAGGCAGACAGUUCCAUACUCAAGCCCAAUAAAUACAUGGCGUUCUAAUGCCAUACCCACAAUACCAGUCUAUUUCUACAUUAAAAAGACUAACUGACCGACUGGAGUUACUUACAUGUCCUCAAUCUUACAUUUAUCAAUAUUUCUUUGAUUGCAAUGCCGUUGGAGUGAUUUUAUUACAGUAGUAUUGGUGAAGUCUUUUUUUUAUUUUUAUGGAUGUUAAUGUCUGCAUGUUGUCGAGAGGAAACGCUAAAAAGACUCCUCAUCGUUACAUUAUAAACAAAACACAGAAAUACAGCUGAUCCAAAUGUCUUUGAACCCUGUAACCCCAGAUUAGGAAUAAAUAAUCUCAAUGUCAAUCUGGGAGAUCUAUUGGUGCCACGAGGUCAGAAUGAGUGCAAAUUCGUGGCCUGGCGGAUAAUAGGUUGAUUUACAGAAUAUCUGUUUAUGGUUCCCACCGGUUCCUUCUAUGAUGACACAGCGUUCGGACCAACGACAUAAGGAUCGGUCAGUUUGACCUCCAGAAUUAGUCUUGGGUCAUUUGAUUAGGUUUAAGGAAAAGAUUAUAUUGGGUGAUAUUAUUAGCAAUAACGAACUGAAGCAAACAGCUCAGUAAUAUAAUGACGUUUGGAUGAGGGUCAGGGGACGUUGCACUUUGAACAUCUCUGCAUCGUUUCCUGGACGUUACUUCAAUUACUAUUCUCGCAAGUGUAUCUGGAUCGUGUGUUUUGAUAUGCAAGUGAUAAAAAUAACUUUGUGCAUUCUGCCUAUUCAGUCCUAUUACUGAAUGUCUCAGCAUACCAUUUCCUUUCUUAAGCCAUGUCUUUCUCCACUGUAACUGGGGUCAAGACAAACAUGUCAUAAUCUAUAAGGAUGGCUGGUCUCCUUGUUUGUCUUUUGUUUUAAUACAUCAAUUGCCACAAAUUCUCCCAAGGGGAAAAAUUACUAUGAUUUUCAUUUAUAACUCGUUGCCCUCAGUGUAAACAAUGACAUAGUGACACAAAAACAAAUGUCAUAGUGACAUUUUGUUUAUUCAAAGCUGAGCUAGGGCAAUACCUGAGGGAGGCUCAGUGUGUUCUAUUAUAGCCUGGUCCCUAAUCCAUUUGUGCUGACUAAAGUAGGUGGCAAGACAACAAACCAAUCAGCGACCAGGCUAAGGGAAAAGCCUAUUCAUUCCUUAUUUCACCACCGUAAUGGCGACAAUUCCAAAUCAUGGGGGUCAAUGUUUCUUGGUCAAUGUAUGCAAAUAAGGGCUUAUUAGUGGAUCUAUAACUGGAUUGUUUCAAGUAUAUCAUAUUUAAUUUUGUACCUUUUAAAUGGAUGACAUUUCUUUAUUUUUUUCCUGAACAAAUAAAACGUAAUUCCAGCUUG